GGUCGCAUCGGGGCCGGAGGAUCGGGCGAGGUCAUGUCGCAGUUGACGGGGAUGUGGAGAUACUAUUGGAAGGUCGUGCUUGAGAUUGGAGACAGGCGGAUAUAUGGCCCGAGUUGUUUCGAUGAAGAUGGACAAGUGGAUGGCUUUGAUAUCACUAAUGUCCCUGGUGUUGCUUUGUGAUGGCUCUCGGCUCCUGACGGCUUUGAUCGGCCUGUGGAAUACCCGGGCGGCCUGGAGCUCAAACGAUGAUCGCAGCUUGUCCGAUGCAGAUCGAAGAAGGGUCAAACUGCCCGAGACCACACUUGAUAUCAAACACCCUGGCGCUUGCUUGCCCUGGACCAUCCCGCGCUGCGACCCCUUCGCACCAACACCAUCCUCGCCGCACAAGCUCCGAGGGCGGUGGGCGGCAGGAAGCGCCGUUGCAGAGUGAUCCUUUGGCCCGAGGGUGC